AUGGAAAAUAUUUCAAAAAAAAAAAAAAAAAAAACAUGCAAGGUAACUAUUGAUACAAUUCAAAAAGAAUAUGACCAUGUUCAUAAAAAAAAAAAAACAGAUAUAUAUAUACGAUAUAGCAAGCCAAUUAAUAUAUAUCAGAAGAGGAUUGUAAAAUUAUUAAAUACUAAUGCAAACCAAGUAACAAAUGUUAUAGAAGGAAAUAAUAAAAAUGUAAAUAAUUCAAGAAAUAUGCAAAAUGAACAAGUUUGUAUUUAUGCAGUAGGCAAUAAUAUUAUUCGAUCUUUUUAUCUUCUUCAGGAUAUUGUAAGUUAUUAUUGUAAAUUUUUAGCAUCAAUAAAUUCCCCUAAACAUAGUAUACUCACAAAUAGAACUAAUACUGUCGGCAUAUCUACCAAUAAUAAUAAUAAUAAUAAUAAUAAAACUACGAAUUCUAAAAUACCCCCAAAAAUAAAACACAUUGAUUAUUCAGGUCAUUUAGACAUAAAUAUAAAUAGUGGAACAUUAUUAAUGAACGAUAAUAUAAUAUCUAAUACAUAUAUUAUAAAAGAUAUAUUUUUAAAUGACAACUAUGAUAGUUUAAUAAAUUUUGCAAAAACACCAUAUAAUACUAGAUUCCAUAAAUAUUCAGAGAGAACUAAGGAAAGAAGAGUAACAUAUGUUAGUAUUUCAAUAAAAAAGAAAAAUAAAAAUAGCUAA